AUGGCCAGGGGCAGCAGGGAGCGGAGCAAAGGCCGGAGGGCGAAGGGCUGUGCUCGGCGGGGAUGUGGAGUCCGUAGGGGUGCGGGCCGCUGCCCUCUUCAUCUGCAGCGUAGCAGGGCGGGGCGAGGCAGCCGGACGGGGCUGGGCGGCGGCGCAGGACGGGAUGGGGGAGGAGUGGAGCUGAGGGGCGGCCUUGCGACGGGACGCGGCAGAGUGCGGAGGGCAAGGCAGUGCAGCGACAGGGUGCGGAGCAGCGGAGGUGCAGAGAGCCAGAGACGGCGUGCGGUCGUGCGGACUGCGGAGAAACGGGGCGCUGGGCGCGGCCGCGAGGAGAUAAUUGAAAUUUUGCCAUUACGGAACGAGGUCGUCGCUUAUUAA